CAACAGGGAAGUGAAGGUGUUGAGGCUGGCAACAAAGAAAUGAAAGGUCCACACUCUCUCUCCCCAUUCCCUUUUAUUUCCUCUCUGCUCUGCUCUGCUCUGCUCCGCUCCUCCAAGUACAUGCACCCACCCCAUGGAUUUCAAUCGCCCCCUCUGUUGCUUGUGCGGCGACGUCGGUUUCUCAGCCCACCUCUUCCGUUGCUCCAAUUGCUCCAACCGGUUCCAGCACUCUUAUUGCAGUAAUUAUUACUGCGGGGAAUCAGGGGAUGCAACAAUUAAAGUUUGCGACUGGUGCCGGAGUGAUCAGAGAACCCGCCGCCCUGGCUCCGCAACUACACCCCAAAAGGAUCAUAAAAUCAGUGAUAAUCAAAUUACUGAGAGAAGAAGCUCUGCCGCCGGACUGCCUUCGCCUCGCCCGGCUCCACGACGCUACAAGCUUCUCAAGGAUGUCAUGUGUUGAAACAUGAAACUUUAAACCCACCCGUCAACUCCAAACCAAUCAAAUACCUCUAUCAAUUUUCAUUUUCUUAUUUACGUACACAUGUAUCUUUAAUCUAAUCGUCUAUGUCGCUUUUCAAAAUUAUCAAUAACCUACAUGGCUCUGUAAUUUAUAAUC